UUCCAAAACAAAACAGCUGCCAUAUUUACUGACGGAACAGGGUUGAAAUUCAGACAUACAACUGUAUUCGUUGUUAUUUCUCGAGCAAAUAUCUACCAGAAUGAGGUGGCAAUACAAAGAAGAACACCCUUUCGAGAAAAGGAGAGCAGAAGGCGAGAAAAUCAGAAAGAAGUAUCCAGACAGGGUUCCAGUUAUUGUGGAGAAAGCGCCCAAGGCUAGAGUUGGAGAUCUCGACAAGAAGAAAUACCUAGUACCAUCAGAUCUGACCGUUGGACAAUUCUAUUUCCUUAUCCGCAAGAGGAUUCAUCUGAGGCCAGAAGAUGCGCUGUUUUUCUUUGUGAACAAUGUUAUUCCCCCAACCAGCGCCACAAUGGGUGCCCUGUAUCAGGAGCAUCAUGAGGAGGAUUUCUUUCUUUACAUAGCCUACAGUGAUGAAAGUGUAUAUGGGGCAUAGAAAGUGAAGUGGAGAUUUUGAACAGUGGAACUGUGUACAUGUUGUGGAAGCCACUCUUUGAGUGUUAGGCUUGGGGUUUGUUGAUACAUAAACCUAUGUAUGAAUGAGCUUUUAAGUGUAAAUAGUAAAUGAGUAUAUAUGUAUUUGUUUGUUUUUUUUAAGGUUAUUUUUCAGCCACCCAUGCAUUUGUGGGUGUUGAUGAGGGUUGGUGUUGAUACCACAAAAUUAAAUUUACCUGUUUACCUGUAUCCUCUAGUUAGGGAUACAGAUCCUUAAUUACAUCUCCUACUCUGUAUAUGAAGUUCCCUGAAAAUGUACUCUUGUGAAGAAUUUAUUAGGCUAUUUUCUGUCUUUGUAUCUGUUUGGUGGUAGUAAAAUGGGAUAAGAACCUGUUUGACCAUAAAGGUUUGUGAUGUAAUUUAUCUUAAUGUCUGCCAUGGUUUGUUUAUAAACACACCUCUUUAGCCCGUAUACCCUGUGUAUAAUUAUUUAAUGUAAUGUAGUAAUUAGAAACUUGUUUGGUUUGCAUGAAAGUCAUGUGUGGUUUAAUUCAUAUUUUUACCUCAAGAUCUAACCAACCCCCGUCAUACCACUUGCAGAUGAAAAUAUAUGUAUUUGGCCUUGCCCUGUUUAAAAGGCAUUGUCCCCACUUUAGGAUGUACCCAGAGUAAUCUGUUUACAAAGUGAAAAUUAAAUUCUUUCGAUGCUUAGCUCAGAAGGCAAAAUAUUGUGAUUUCCUAGGCGAGCUUUCAUGUACAGUUCUUCAGUGUCUACUGCUAUUCAGAUUAACUUACUUUCUCUUUGGUACAUUCUGUAUACUUGUAAAUAUUAUCUUCUCAAGUUUUUUUAAGGUAUACAAAGGCCAUAUCAUUUAAUUACUAGUGAACUAUGUUACCACCUGAAUUUGUAAACCAUUAUUUAACGGAAUGCUUUUUUGUUGGCCUUGUAAUGAAGUAGAAUCUGUCAGGAUGUACAAUUGUCAGUCAUGUCUUCACGGUAGCAUGGCAUCACCCGCCCUUGUAGAAAGCAUUUAUUCUCACAGCAUAUGUAACAUUUGUUGAAUAAACACUUCACCUGUCCAUGGAACCACUGAAAA